AUGGCAAACGCAGCAUCUGGGAUGGCUGUGCAUGAUGACUGCAAGCUGAGGUUUUUGGAUUUGAAGGCAAAAAGGACUUUCCGUUUCAUUGUUUUCAAGAUUGAGGAGAAGCAAAAGCAGGUGAUUGUGGAGAAGCUUGGUGAACCAGCUAAUAGCUAUGAAGAUUUCUCUGCCAGUCUGCCUGCUGAUGAGUGCCGAUAUGCUGUUUAUGACUUUGAUUAUGUAACAGACGAGAACUGCCAAAAGAGCAGGAUUGUUUUCAUUGCAUGGAGCCCUGACACAGCUAGGGUGAGAAGCAAGAUGAUUUAUGCAAGCUCCAAGGACAGGUUUAAGAGAGAGUUAGAUGGUAUUCAGAUUGAAUUGCAAGCUACUGAUCCCACAGAGAUGGGGCUUGAUGUUAUUAGAAGCCGUUCAAAUUAA